CGUUCUCAGCAGCCUCUCAUACUUGCACCCAACCACGAACGUUACGAACCUUUCUUUCUUUCUUACUCGCCGUUGAACAUACGUUCUGCACAGGCAGGCGCGCCAUGAUCAACUAUAUUCUGCUCGUAUCUCGGCAAGGCAAAGUCCGCCUCGCGAAAUGGUUCACGACGAUGCCUCCAAAGGCGAAAGCGAAGAUCGUGAAGGACGUGACGCAGCUCGUGCUCGCUCGCCGGACGCGGAUGUGUAACUUCUUGGAGUACAAGGACACGAAGGUCGUCUACCGCCGAUAUGCCUCGCUCUUCUUCGUCUGUGGGAUCGGUCAGAUGGAUAAUGAGCUUAUCACGCUCGAGAUCGUGCAUCGCUAUGUUGAGGUGUUGGAUCGGUACUUUGGAAACGUAUGUGAAUUGGACUUGAUCUUCAACUUCCAAAAAGCAUACGCUAUCCUCGACGAGCUCAUCAUCGCAGGCGAGCUCCAAGAGUCAUCGAAGAAGUCUGUGCUCAGAGUCGUCACACAAUCGGAUAGCGUCGAGGAGCAGGAGAACAGCGAGGAUACGAUGGCCCGUCUUGGCUCGCGCGCACUCUCGUGAUCCGACUCAUACUUCGCCCUCGCACUAUUACAUUUUGGAGGACUUGAUCCCUCAGUCGCUGGUUCUCCACGCGAGACCAUGUCCGUUGGGUUUAGAGUUGGCGAAUUCAUGCGGUCGAUACGUAUAUACUUACUUACACGCUGAGGACGGGGACGGGGAUAUUGUACGAUUUUUACAGUAUACAUGGCUGAUGGAUGGAUUGCGGGAAGCGUCAUUUUAUGGGAUAAACUCAACUCAACACAACACAAGACUCAGAAUGCGGAACUUCAGAACACAAGAUGUCAGAUUCAG